CAGAUUCUACUAUCAUCACCGCACACACUACUAUUCUAUCUCAUUUCUAUCAGUUGAGUCUUGAAAACACAAAACCAUGGCUGAUCAACCUAGAACUGCAGGUCCCCACUAUGGUUCCUCCCAUGGAACCUCCUAUGGUGGACUACCCUAUGGAAGCACCAAUGAGUCCAACACCAGCAUCUACAACAACUCUGCUUCACGUCAAACAGUGAAGUUCAUAACUGCUGUUACUAUUGGCAUCUCACUCUUGCUCUUGGCUGGUUUGAUCUUCACAGGUACUGUCAUAGGCUUGAUCGUCGCAACUCCUCUUCUUGUGAUCUUCAGCCCCAUCCUUGUCCCAGCAAUGUUUGUGCUGUUCCUAGUUACUUCUGGAUUUUUGUUCUCUGGAAGCUGUGGUGUGGCUGCCAUUGCAGUUUUGACUUGGAUCUACAACUACGUCUCUGGGAACCAUCCUGCAGGUGCUGACACUCUUGACUAUGCAAAAGGGUACCUUGCUGAUAAGGCAAGGGAUGUGAAGGAGAGGGCAAAGGAUUAUGGAAGCUAUGCUCAGGGUAAAUUUCAGGAGGCCGCACAGGGAGCUUAUUAAUCAUGUAUGUUUGUAUGAGGUGAACAGAAUGGAGCGAAGGGGUGCCCUUGUGGAAGUGCAAUGCUUAUGCAUCUAUAAGGUUGAACUGAAGGGAGUGGUGGUACCCUUGUGAAUGUGCAUGUUCAAGUUCUGCUAAUUUGAAUUUUGUUUGCAGUGUUCAGUGUUGUUUUGCUUUUGUAUGUCGUUUGUUUUUUGGAGCUAUAUCUUUCACCUUAUUUUAGUUAUAUUAGUGUAAUCAUCAUCAUCUUAAUAAAUCUCUUCUGCAACUAUAUCAGUAGUUCUUCCUGGUAGACUGUUGUAGCAGAUUUGUAA